UGUUGAUUUCAACGCUGCACGCCGUCCUGUCUUACUAAACGCGCCCCUGAGGGCGUGCUUAGUUUAUCGUAACGUUUUCAAGCUUGAGCAACCAUAUCUGCUGAGGUCUGGCAACCAACACUUUUCUUCCCAAUUUGACAUUUUUAUAUUGGCAAUGCCUGUACAAAGUUUAUUGAUUCGAGACUCGGCGCCUCAUGCCGGAUUACUGCAGCAAUACUUGGUUUUGCUGAAGAAUUACCCUAUUCUUACCAAAUCAGUAACAAGUGCCAUUCUCUCAGCCUUGGGGAAUCUUCUAUCUCAAGCAUUGGAAGCAAAACGAAAGGCUAAAGAAGGGGCUGCAGUGAAAGAAAUUGACAUUUCAGGACCUGCACGCUUUGCCAUUUAUGGGUUGCUCAUUACUGGGCCUGUAAGCCAUUACUUUUACCAACUCAUGGAGGUUUUCAUUCCUGCCACUGUUCCCUUCUGUGUGGUCAAACGCUUACUGUUGGAUCGCCUUAUCUUCGCACCUGCAUUCCUGCUGGUUUUCUUUUUUGUCAUGAACAUCCUGGAGGGUAAGAGGUGGACGGACUUCCGGAGCAAAAUUAAGUGUAAUUAUUGGCCUGCCUUGAAAAUGAACUGGAAAGUUUGGACCCCCUUCCAGUUCUUUAAUAUAAUCUAUGUGCCUGUACAGUUUAGAGUGCUCUUUGCCAACAUUGUGGCCUUAUUUUGGUAUGCUUACCUUGCAUCAGUGAGGAAGUGAAGACUCCCAAGAUUUUCCCUCUGAUUACUGAGUGAAGUGGGCACAAGUCUGAAUCAGGAGCUACAUAAAUUCUCAAGGGCAUGCCUGUGAAUGCAAGUGCAUCAAGCUGCUAGAACCAGUUAGGAGAACUGGGACGAUGUGUUGGACUUAAUUUACACAAUAACUAAGGUGCUACACUACUGCCCAAAUCGAAUCCUAACUCAUCCAGUGCUUUCAAAAUAGCGAGUGUCUGAAAUGUUCAAUAUUCAUAAUUAAUACUGAUAAAUCUGUAUUUGAAAUACUGGAGUAUUUGUUCUUUGAACAUGGUUGUGUUUUAGUUUGCACAAGGGUAAAUACUGUAAGUUACCGAUUCAUAAAUGUUGAUGCUCUGUCAAUCACAUAUCGGAAAGAAACUGUCAGUCAUUUUAAAUAACAAUUGCCUAAUGUAUUUUAUAAAUGGGUCCAGUAACUUACCAUGUUGCCUUACCUUUUGAUGUGGAGCCAUAACAACUAAGGCAGACAGUGUUUUAUAUUUGUUUAUUACUUGAAAACAAUCUAAUUGCUAUAUCAGCCAUGCUUGCUUUAAUUUUUUCAAUUGAAUAAAAAUAAAACUGAUACUUUGUGCACUGGCGUUGACGUCGCCACCCCUGAUGUUUGGUGGAUUAGACUCUUGAGAGACCCCACCGUGGUGUGUGGUGGAACCGUCAGGGGUACUGACACCCCGGUCAGAAGUGUUAUAGUUAGCUCCAUCUGAAAGAGGAUUUGAUUAUUUGGCCAUAAAUGAGCAUAAUUAGAUCUCAAUUAACUAAUUGGGUACUUAAAGCUUGCACGUAUCAUUUACAAAUUAUUAAAACAUGUAUUGUAUAGUGUUAUAAUUUCCCCUGAAUCAACUGGAUAGUAGGCUAUUUACUGAGAAUCAGAUGACUGAAAGUAAGUCAUAUGUAUUAUAUAUGGCAUUUAUCUAUAUCUAUCUUCUUAACGAUUAAUGUGCGAUUAUUAUGCAAUAACAAAAUAUAUAAGUAUGGCUCUAAAGCUUUUUAUCCAUUACAGUAAGAUGAAAGCAAUUUCCUUUAUAUUGCUGAAAUUCCGAUUUUGUAAAUGUGUAUGUUGACAAGUACCUCAAC